UGCAUGUUGGUAAUUUGUGUUAAUAGUUGAAUGAUAAGAUGCGUGAGGCAGUAAAUUAAAACGAGUAUUUAAGUGGUGUUACACGUUAUUUUUUAAAUUAACAGGAGUUCUAUAAAACUAGUGAUAAAAUUGCCAUGUUUUAUAUUUUGCUUUCUGGCAAACGUCUUGAGUGAUUAAAGAGACAUUCAUAAUAAAACAACCUAAAAAGUAACAAAAUGAGAUAUUUACUUAAACCAUUGAAACUCUGCUUUAGGUUACCCCUGAAGACGUAUUUAGGAAGUAUUGCAUCCUUUAAUGCAUGUACAAAUAAUAUGGAGAAACUGGACCACAAGAGAAUUGUGGCCUCUCCAACAGGAAGUUUGGUUCAGAAGAGAGAAAGUCAUGGAAUUGAUGUGCAGCAGAUGUCCCAGAAUGUUGGUGAUAACUCUACUGAACAAGAUAGUACUGAAGAUGUUGACUUCAUAAGCAUCACCAACAAUGAUCCUGUCCUUGAAAGAAAGUUAAAAAUACUGUUUUUGGAAGUUGAAGUGCUGCGACAGAGUGGACUUAGGAUACCGCAGAAUGUAAAACUUUGCCAAUGGAAGGAACUUAUUAGUAUGGAGACUAGAUCACAAAGACGAAAAUAUUUGGCAUAUCUCUUUGGAAUUGAAAAGAAACAAGAGAACAGGAAAAAGAAGAAGGAUGAACAGAAACAAAUGAGAGACUCUGUGGGAAAUACAUUUCUUGAAAAUACCCACCUCACAUAUGCACUUGGUCAUAAUACAAUAUUUCUACGUUUUUAUGAUACUACGAUUAAUCAUUUCUAUAAUAAUAAACUUAUACAGGCAAUGCAGUUCAGUCAAAAGAUUGUGGUAGACUGUAGUUAUGAUUCUCAUAUGACAUCACAUGAAGCACAGAACUGUGGCAAACAAAUAACAUUUAUGUUUUCAGACAACCGUGCUCAUGAUAAUCCAUUUGACCUCUACUUAUGCAAUGCCAGUCGUGAAAGUAAUACAAUUAAACAUCUAGUGAAGUUUAUCCCCACUCUUUAUGAUUGUGACUUCCCAGUGAAUAUUACAGAGAAAAGUUACCUAGACCUUUUCCCAAAAGAAAAUAUCGUGUACCUUACUCCACACUGCCGAGAAGAAUUGAGAGAAUUUGACCAUGAUGCCGUCUAUAUAAUUGGAGCGAUGGUUGACAAAAAAAAUAAUGAACCCUUGUCUCUUGCAAAAGCUAAACGAGAAGGGCUGAAGAUGGCAAAAUUACCAUUGGAUAGGUAUUUAACUUGGGGAAGUGGUGGUUCUAAAUCUUUGACGCUGAAUCAGGUGAUUUGUAUUUUGCUGGACAUUCGAGCAAGUGGUAGUUGGGAUAAAGCACUACAACAUGUCCCUAGGAGGAAGAUCGUAGCUAGUGACAAACAAGAAACACCUUUGACGAAGAUAGGGAAGUCAGACCAAGAAUUGCACUACUCCUUCAGAAACAAACAAAAACACCGCUGAUAUUUCUCCCACCUCUUUGUGCAGGGGAAAGAAGUGAGAUGAAUUUGAUUUUAGAGCAGAGGUGAUUACCAAUUUCACAUGGGCAUGUUCUCAAAGUAUUUGCAAUUUAGUAUGUUUCAGUAAUAUUUUCUAUCAUUUUUCAGUUACUGAAUGUUUUUCCUGGCAAUUGGAACUUUAAAAAAUUGUUAAAAGCCUCUUUCAUCAUCUGUGUCGUGGAUUUGUAAAUGUAUGUAAAUGAUGUACUAAUUUUGUGAUACUGCAAACUUGAUCUCUGUAACACAUUUUAAUUUUGUAAGAACAAAUAUAUUUGCCCUCUUACCAAUGAGCAGGUGAGGUCUAUA